AUUCUGCCUCGGCGUGGGAGGCCCGGCCAUCUCUGCUCUUUGUUUCGGGAGGAGACCGCAGCUCAAGAGGGAAGACUGUGGAGGAAUAUCUAAGAAAGGGCUGAGGGACGGAGUGUUUUAAGGGGACUGCGACAACGCGGCAGCCUCAACCCAAGAGCGGCGCGCACUGCCGCCUCGGUAGCUGUCAUGGCCGCCCUGACCACGUGAUCGGCUCCCGCAGGCCUGGUUUCCGUCGCUCAAGUUCGGUAAUCCGGGCUCUGCGACUCCCUCCCUUUCUCGUUUGCGGACUCGGACACUGCCUUUCUUCCCUCUGGAGGGGUGCUGUACAGACAUCGAGAAAUCCGGAAACACCUGGAGAGAAUGACACAUUGGUUUCAUAGGAACCCAUUAAAAGCCACAGCUCCUGUCCCUUUUAACUAUUAUGGUGUAGUCACUGGCCCUGCUGCUUCAAAAAUUUGCAGUGACUUGAGAUCGUCUAGAGCACGACUGCUCGAAUUGUUCACUGAUUUGAACUGUAAUCCACAAAUGAUGAAGAAUGCAGCAGAUUCAUAUUUUUCACUUUUACAAGGUUUCAUUAACUCAUUGGAUGAAUCUACCCAAGAAAGCAAGUUACGAUAUAUUCAAAAUUUCAAGUGGACUGAUACAUUACAGGGACAGGUUCCAAGUGCCCAGCAGGAUGCUGUUUUUGAAUUAAUUUCCAUGGGAUUUAAUGUAGCUUUAUGGUAUACCAAAUAUGCUUCAAGACUGGCUGGAAAAGAAAACAUAACAGAGGAUGAAGCAAAAGAAGUCCAUCGAAGCUUAAAAAUUGCAGCUGGGAUUUUUAAACAUUUAAAGGAAAGUCAUAUCCCAAAAUUAAUUACACCUGCAGAAAAGGGGAGGGAUUUAGAGGCACGACUCAUAGAAGCUUACAUUAUCCAAUGUCAAGCCGAAGCUCAAGAAGUAACAAUUGCUCGAGCAAUUGAACUGAAACAUGCUCCUGUACUAAUUGCUGCCCUGGCAUAUGAAACAGCCAAUUUCUAUCAAAAAGCUGAUCAUGCUUUAUCCAGUUUGGAGCCUGCAUACUCUGCUAAAUGGAGAAAAUAUCUUCACUUGAAAAUGUGUUUCUACACAGCUUAUGCUUAUUGUUAUCAUGGUCAGACUUUGUUGGCUAGUGAUAAAUGUGGUGAAGCAAUCAGGUCUCUUCAAGAGGCAGAAAAAUUUUAUGCAAAGGCAGAAGCAUUAUGCAAAGAAUAUGGAGAAACCAAAGGCCCUGGACCAACAGUCAAACCUUCAGGACACUUGUUCUUUAGGAAACUUGGAAAUCUUGUGAAGAACACCCUUGAAAAAUGUCAGAGAGAAAAUGGAUUUAUUUACUUUCAAAAAGUUCCAACAGAAGCCCCACAACUGGAACUAAAAGCAGUUUAUGGUCUCGUAGAACCUGUACCUUUCGAAUUUCCUCCUACAAGCAUGCACUGGACACCAGAAACAUUGGCUGCUUUUGAUCUCACCCAGAGACCCAAGGAUGACAGUGCUAAACCCAAACCAGAAGAAGUUGUGAAACCUGUGAAAGAACCAGAUAUCAAACCUCAGAAGGACACUGGGUGCUACAUCUCCUAAAAUACAUUGAUACAGUGUGCACUUUGAAUUUUCUUCCAAAUAAGAUAAACCA